CGACUGUCUGCUGUUCCGCCAAAGAUCGCAGUGAGAGAGAGAAACAGAAGCAAAGUACACAGGCGUGGAUAACGCAUCGAGAACCUGGAGCGACGCAUGGACGGCGCCGGCAGGGAUAGCGGAGGGCCAGCGCCACUGACGCACACGUCGACGUCGCCUCCAGCUGCGACACAGCAUCCCGAACCGUCGACUGACGUCACACGCCACGACGAACCUAGGGAGAAGGCAGCCAGCGCCGACGACGUUUCGACCCCCGAGUCGGGGAACUGUGACGAACCAGAGAAAAACCCAACAGCACGCAAAGGCGGGGUCGGUGGAGACGCUCGAGACGUUUCGCUGGCAGACGUCGGUCAACCUCAGGCAGACGUUACAGACGGCGGUGUGUCUACAGUCCCGCCGUUCGGCUACUACCUCCGCAGGAAGACUGCGUUCGUCAACGUCGAGAGGAUCAAGAGAUUCCUCGCCAGCUCUUUGGAGUCGUCGGAGGAGGAGGGGGAAAGUGUCGGUGUUGGUGCUUCGUCCGAGCAAAACAAAGGUGCAAAUUCAGACGGUGGUGCUCGUGAAGAGGUUGGUGCUGCCAGAGUGAGUUUUAGUGGUGAUCAGGAAACACAGGCCAGCUCCCAGAGUGGGUCGCCGACACAAGACCCAACUGACAGAAAUUCGGGCACAUUUGGAGAAAACAGACAUUUGACAGAUGGUAUAGUUACUGUUACUGAAUCGUACAAAAAUUCUGGAUCAGUUAAUGCUCGUGAUUCCCAGCCUACUGAAAGUGAGACUCAGAUUCAAAAGCUCGUAGGUGAACCGAUAAGAGUAGUCGUCACUGAACGGAGCUUCCAAGAAACUUCGUGUGUAGAGAAGGAGGCUAUCCUAUGUGAAAAGGUUGGUGCAAUUGGGAGCUGCAACAGUCCCGAAGAACAUCAAUCUCGUAUUGGGAACUCUGCUGUAACUACAUCUCCUGUCAUUGCUACAGCUGAGAGAGGAGAAGAAUUGAAAUCUAGAAAUAGCAGUACAGCUAGUAUUGGAAGUGAAAAGGAGCCAGUGUUCCCACCUGCUGGACGAGAAGAUACACCCAAAGGAGGUCAGGUGCUGCAACAGCAAGCCCAUACAGGGUCUAUCUCCUCGCCAGGAAACAGUCCAGAAUCAUCUGCUAGUGGCGCUCUGGUUUCGGCCUUGAAGAAUGGCAAGAAGAAGCUGGUGAAGAGGGUGUCAUUUGCUGAUGAAGGAUCAGACAGGAAAUCCCUGGUCGAAGAGUUUGAACUCAGGGAGGAAGAACCAGUGAAGCAGCAAGAAAAGAGAGAAAAGCCCUCGCCUCCACCACGGACUGUACCAGCUCCAGCACCGCGCAGCGAGAAGCCGAGCCCGGAAACUGCUACCGGUCGGCCACAGCGUCUGGUGCUCCAGAAGACUGAAGGGGGAGUUGCUAGGCUGGUGAGAGUAACUUGGCUCGACAGUUCCAGCCAAGGAGAGGCGAAGAAGAGGGAGGAAGAACCGGAGCUCCAGGCGUCCAACCCACAAGAGAGAUUAGUGUCCGAAGAGGCUCGAGGUCCGUCCAGUCAGCAGACGGGGACAGUGGACGGUGAGAUCGCUGCAAAGCUUCCGACGUCUCCGGCGAGGAUCUUUGUAUUUCCAGAUCAGUACACUUCAAGUCAUCCCCAGGAUCCUGGCCCUUCGGGAGGUAUCUGGGGGCAAGACAGCACACCCACCAGCGACGACGUCUUCUUGUCGCCAACUGAGGAGGCUGCAUUAGCCUCCAGUGGCAGACCAUUCAGUAGCUUUGUCAGUUCUGCCCUCACUGACAGACCAGCAGAGCCUGAACCAGUGGAUGUCUUGUCUGCGGGAGACAGCGUAGUGUCCAUUUCUGACUCGAGCAGGGCCAGCGACUCUAGAGAAAGCCUCGACACAGGUAGUGCUUCUGGGUACCCCUCCAGCAGUGACAGUGCUUUUGUUGAUCUCGCGCCAGCAGAAGAUCCAGAGGACGAGGAAGGAGAAGAGGAUAGUGAGGCUGAUGAUCAGUGGCAACAAGACAGCAGUUCUGGGAGCAGUGACGACGAAUUUGAUGAGAACAGUGGGUGCCCCGAGGAGCCGGUGACACAGGUUGAUCCGAAUUAUCUGGUUCCAGCAGUAACUGGAGACCCCAAACCUGAUGUACUACCGGAAAGAGAAUUUUGGAGUGAAGAAAGUGUUGUCGAAGACAGAUCUCUGAGGCAGGAUAGUGUGGUUGGAUCUGAGCAGAGAUACUGUCCCGUGGAGAAUGGUGGCUUGAAAAGGGCUAGUGGAGAUUUGGCUCCUGGUGCUACUCCCUUGUCAGUUAAGGAAGUACUUCUUUCAGGAGUAGUCAAGAGCGAAACUGGAGCAGCUGCUUCUUACCUCACUGAAGUAGAGCAGGUCGGUUAUAGUGGCUUCCCUGUAGACGGGAAGGCAGUUGACUGUGUUUCGAGUCAAGAGAGGUGCAUCACACUAAACUACGUGAACUUGGAGUCGGAGAAAGGUCGCGAAGUGAGUGUCAGGGACCAGGAUUUUGGUGGAGGAAAGGCCGGCUUAGAGAGGCACGACAGUUCGCAGCUACCGCCCACGCCACCACCCAGCCCAGUAGAGGGCGAGGAGUGGGAGGGCGACGCUCCAAGGGCAGGCCCUUCGAGGGCGCACCCUCUGCAGGAGGAGCAGGGGGUUCUAGUUACGCAGUGCCUUAGAGAGGCGUCCACAACGGGGUCCAAAGGCUCCAAAGAACAGUCUGCCGGAAUCUUGCCAAUACCGGAGGAGAGAGGUGAGGACGGGGGGAGAGAGGAGAGGAUCGAGGAACCAGACACUGAGAGGAAUGAAAACUGUGCAAAGCAACGACCAGAAGAGGGACAGCUCAAGAAGCAAGAGCAGUCUACGCCGUCGUCAUCGCCGCCGCCAGAGACAGACCCGACGAACGCCGCCGUCUCAACCGUGCUCGUCCUGACGAAAGACGAAGUCUAUCCGGAGGAAGGCGAACGGGAAGAAGCAGGAAUAGAAGACAGGUACCCUCAAGAGGGAGUGCAGUCUAGCGGAGAAGUCACAGCCACCAGAGACGCCCCAACACCCCGAAAACCUCAGCGACAGGUGGAGGACAGCAGCGCAGCCGAGACGUCCGGCGAGGAGAUGCCGGGCCCCCCGGAGGGCGAGGCCGAGGUGCCGCUGCAGAGGGCUCUGGACCACAUCGAGCAGCUGCAGCAGAACCUGUCCACCAGGCUGAGCCCCGGCGCCGUGCAGGCCAUCCGGGCCGAGCUGAAGGGCGCCAGCGCCGCCGCGUCGCCCUCCGGUCCUGGUUCGACGCCAGACAACGCUCGCCGCCGGGAGGCGUUCUUCCGCGACGGCCUCGCCGGGGCUUCCCCGGCCGGCGGCAGCGGCGGCGCCCCUGCCACCUGGCGGCGCAGCGCCGAACUGUCGCCGCCGCGCGCCGCGCACAACUCGCCGCCAGGCGGCAGCACUGCGGCGGCGCCGGGCGCGGGUGCUGACAGCUGGCGGCGGAGCGCGGAACUGCCCGCCACGACCGUGAGCGCUACCACGGCCGCGACCUCGACCUCGACCCCGACCACGACCUCUACCACGCCGACUGCGCACAACGUGACCGUGGUCACCAAACGAGUGCUGUGGGUGGCCGAGACAGAGCCGGCGGCAGCAGAAAAACCGCAGCCUCCGACAGCAGGUGACGGAGGAGCGGCCGACCCGUCGUCUCCGCCAAAGUCCGCCCGCGUCUUCAUCUCGCUCAGCCCCCGCUCCGUCGAGAAGCUCGUCUCCGGGCAGCGGGCUCCCAGAGCUGACACGAAGAGUGCUCCCGUGACACGGCCCCAGCAGAACGGCAAUGCAGCGACCGACAGAGCUGGCGACACCUCGAGACCGGCGGUCGGCCGCGACAGGCCGGAUGGAGCUGCCGGCUCCCCGGCCGGACGGCGACCUGGGCCGCGACCGGCGGUCCCCGCGGUGAAGCCCUCCGUGACUCCGAGGAAGGACACCGUCGCACCAGAUCGCACUGCGGCGGUGUCCCGAGAAGCUUCCGUGCCACAGGGGAAAGUGUCGAGCCCUGCAGAGCUGGCAGGUCCGAGAGGAGGUUCGCUGGCGAAGGCUCCCGGUAAAGCACAGAGACCUGAACCUGGUGCGAAUCUGCCCACCACUCCUAAGACAGAAAGCAAUACGCAGAAGCCAGAGGUACCACCGAAGUCCGUCUCCCAGCGAUCCAGCUUAGCUGGGGCCAAGCAGCAGAGUCCAGAAUCACCGCCCGGGACUGCCGAUGUCUCGGCGUCGACUACUGUCGAGUCCACAGGUGACGACACGGACAUUCCGUAUGCGGAUUCGGAUGACGAGGCGAGUGCUGGUGAGAUGUCGCCCGUGUACCAGCCCUCCGCAGGGAGUCAGCCGGCAGGGGACGCGGACGGGGCAGCUGCAGCGGCGGCGAGGUCGGUGCCGCAGUCUGCGGGCCGCAUGUCGUGGACGCAGCAGCUGCUGGAGAAGCUGUCCGAGGAGGAGGACGCCAAGAGGAAGCGGCAGGCCGAGGCGCCCCGCAAGCCCCCCAGACUGGUGCGCUACCCUGGGCAGAGGGAGGCGGAGGAGGCACAGCGCAGGGCGUCCGCCCCCACCGGCUACCACCCGCUGCAAACUGUGGGGGCGACGGACCCCGUGCUGGCGAGUGCCGUGCCGGGCACGGACGCGUACGCCGAGCUCAUCGACCGCCUCAUCGAGGACGGCAGCCCCGCCACACGGCACAGGCCGUACCGCCAGCAGUAUGGACCAGGGGGCAUCCCGCUGCGGAGGCAGGCGUCACUGGAGGAGGACAGUGGCAGCACGACCAGCAGCGACGGCGCAGAGACGGCGCGCCUGCGCCAGAAGUUCGAGGAGGAGCUGCGCACUGUGGCGGCGAUGCAGCAGCGCCGGCAGGCUGCCGACCCCGAGGCGGGAGCGGGUGCCGCGGCUACACCCCAGCCGCCCGUUCCCGUGCAGGACACCGCGCCGCUGCAGAGGGUCGCCUCACCAGCGCAGAGGGUCGCCUCACCGACGCAGAGGGUCCGGUCGCCGCCCCCUCCGGAGAGGUCGACGACCACUCCGCGAGGCUACCAGACCGUGAAGGUAACGGCGCUGGUGGAGAAACCGUCGACACCGCCGAAGAGGCAUCCGUCGGCGCAGGCCGAGCCGUCGGCCUCUACGCCGUCACCCCCUAAGCAGCUGACGAGUUCUCCGGACCGGGACGCCAUCAAGCCGAAGCCCAUCUCACCGGUCGUGCGACGGACCGCGAUGUCACCGCAGCCGCCGGCAGGCACCCGUCCGCAACAGGCCGUGCCGAAGCUGCGUGCGUCGCCGAUGCAGCAGCAUCGUCAGCAGCAGCAGCAGCAACAACAACAACAACAACAACAACAACAACAACAACAACAACAACAACAGCUGCGGCAGCAGCAGCAACAGCAGCAGCAGCAGCAACAACAACAACAACAGCAGCAGCAGCAGCAGAAGACGAAGAGCUCGGGACUGCGGAGGUUCCUGUCCCCGGCGGCCAGCCUGUUUGCGUCGGCCACGGGCAACAGUCCUCGCAACCGCAGGAGUCUCAGUGAGGACCGCAGCUCUAGGUCCUCCCCACUCCUGCUGAAACCGUACAAGUCCAAGAAGCAGCAGCAGCAGCAGCAGCAGCCGAAUGCACAGGAGGACGCCGCGCAGAGGCAGCCGUUGCUGGCGCAGAAGAAGUCCACGCCGCAGCCCGCAGCCGCCACACACGAUGCCAAAAGAAAAGUCCACCCCACCUCAAAUGCUCCACUGGUGGAGACGGCGUUCCUCUCCGAGCCGAAGAAGCCGACGCCGACAGUGACGCAGCAGAACCUGCUCAACGCGGGGGCGGACUACCGCAACAAGCCGCUGCCCCCCGUGCCGCCCCACCGGACCUCCAGCCGCAGCAGCAGCGGUGCCGGCACUGCCCCCGCACCCACACCCGUCCCGGUGCCCACCCCCGUGGUGGCCGCCCCCGCCGGAGGCAGCUCGCACAGCACUGCGCGGACCAUCCCCGACACGUCUCUCGUGCUGGAGGAGCGGCUGGACAGCAUCCGCCGCAGCCUCACGCCCACGCAGUACUCCAGGGGCGAGGUGCCCGCAGCUGCAGACUUUGCCGGCCGGCGGCAGCAGAAACGCUACCAGUCGCUGCCGCCCAUGUCGUCCCUGCCGGCGACGCGCCAGCAGCUGGAGGCGAUGGAGCGCGCGGCCCGCGGCUCGCCGCCUGCCUCGGAGUACCGGCCGGCGGGCAAACCGUCGGCUGCUGCGAGUCAGUCGGCGUACCGGCAGCUGCCGAAGGAGGCUCCAGGAAGCCCACAGGAAAACUGGGAAGUGGAGCGGCAGCUCACCGUCGAGGACGCGCAGCCGAAGGUGACCCGCCGCCCACCCUCCGGGAGGAUCCUGCCGCUGCAGCUGGUGAGGCCGCUGUCCUCCACAGUAGAGGUCCCUGCGAACUCCUCGGCCGGUAUCUACCAGAAUGUCCAGCAGACCAACAGGGCGAGGCAGCAGGCCAGCUACCCAGAGGUCUACUACCACGGCAAGCAGCACGACACCCAGUCGGACACGGAGGCCCUCCGGCAGAACCGGCCACCCACGCAGCGCGGCCGCGGCGGGAGCAUCGCGUCGGACGGUGCCGACACGGUGCAGUCGUCGCGCAGCGUGGACGCCAGCUCGCCGUCGUCGUCGUCGACGGCGACGGUUGUCUCCUCGGCACAGCAGCAGCGGCAGAGGCCCGGGGACGCGGUGGACGCGGCGGAUGUGUCACCUGGGGCGGCUGAGGUACAGAGGGUGAUGCAAGCCAGACCACCUAUGGUGCUGCCGCCCCCAUCCGGCCGCAUGUCGGCCCCUCCGAGCACCGCCGACUGGCAGCGCCGCUACGGCCGCAUCCAGCAGCCGCUGCUGCAGUCGCCGCCCGCCCUCGUGCCGGUGUCGGCAGCCAUCAAGGUUACCAGGGAGCCCGUCUACAGCAACCUCUCGCAGGCGACGCCCUCGCAGCAGCCGCAGCGCCGGCAGCACGUACCGCUGUCGCCCGUCUCCCCGCCGCCGGACGGCACGGUGCGCCUGAGCCGACGCGAGCUGGAGGCGCUCUACUGGCAGACGCAGAUGCUGCGCGAGGAGCUGGCCGCGCAGAAACGCUACCUCGGCAUGACGGGGCCCGCGCCCGCCUCCGACACGUCCGUCGCCUCCACUGCGACCGCGGGGAGCGGGGGCGGCGCGUACGUGUCCGUCCUGCCGCGGCCGCAGCCGGUGUACGCCAGCCCGCAGACGCAGCUGCCGCCCCAGCAGCACCGCCGCUCACGCAGCAUGUCGCCGUCGCCGUACCACGGGCCCGUCUCUCCUGGCAGCGCCUACCCUCUGUACGCUUCCAACAGGAGCCUGAGCCUGAGCUUGCCGCGGGGCGCCGUGCUGCCGGAGCUGUACGACGCCCAGCAGCAGCCGUUCGUGCGCGGCGCGCCGUACCGGAACACCGUCGCCGGCAUCCGCAGCCACUCCGUUUCGGAGCGCACCUCCACCCCCACCAUAUACGAGGAGGCUGCGCACCAGCAGGCUGCGGCUCCACGGCGCGAGCAGAGUGCAGACGGGACUCCGCACCGCAGGAGCCGAGGCGUGGGGGCGGGCGAGGGGCCGCCACCCAUCUUCAAGAGGGGGUCGCUGCAGGGCCUGCCCGAGCCGGACGGUCCAGCCAGCUCCACGCCCAAGAGGGUCAGCUUCACGCCGGGAGAGGACGUCUCGCCGCGGCCCAACUGGCCCACGAGGAACGGGCCGGCAGCACAGCCCCCGACGAGGAACAGGGACAGUGUGGAGUCUGACGUGUUCCUGCCAAACUCGCCGCCGCCCGCCACUUCUGCUGCCAACUACGUGAACCUGUCCGACCUGGGCUACGCCUACGGCUACGGUUACGGUUACGGAACGUCUGUGGCUGCGGAGCGGCGCAGGCCGUACGGUGUCGUGGUGCGGCGCAGCGCCCCGCCGGGCUCCGUCACCAGUCCCACCGGGACUCCCGACAGGCCACUCCCGCCUCUGCCGCCGAGUUCGAGUGGCGAGCUGUCCGGCAGCAAUUCGUCAGUGUACGGAGUGGUCGUCCGCAAGCCGCAGCCGCAGCAGCCGGUGCAGCUGUCCCCGGACCGCUGGCAGUACCGCGCCGCAUUCCCGUCCCCCACCGGCAGGUGGCCUCAGUCCGAGUCCGAAUCCGGCAGCGAGGCGGGCGAGAUCCAGCGCAUCCUGGGCCGCGGCCGCAGCAGACCAGGUGUAGUACCGUUAAACGGAUGGCCGGCGUCGGAAGUCCACCGGCGGUUUACAACGCUAGGCUGAGGCGCGUCGUCUUCUCUAGCCGGGAGCAGCACGAGAGCGACCUGCGCUGGGUCAUCUUCUCCAGGAAGAACCACAAUCUGAGCAACGGGCCGGCGCGCCCCAAGUGCGACCGCAAGGAGAAUUCCCCGCCGGUCGCGCCCGAGUCGGGCCCGGCCGCCGGGUGCGGCAGCUUCUACGUGGGGAUGGACUCCCGAGACAGCAAGCGCGCCAUCGCGCACCAGCGCUACGUCGACGCGGCGCUCAGGUCUGUCAUAGACCUGCCGUGCCUCCAGCAGUACUAGGGAGCGUCUCUUCUGUAGGCUCCGUCCUACAUUCUUCACUCUGUGUUUGUAGUUUUUUAAUUAUGCUGCACGUAGUUCCUAGAUUGUGCAUUGUAACUAAAUCUUCUGGUGUUGUUUUUUGUGUUUCUAACAAUCCGAGAACCUCUCAAUACUCGUAUUCAGCACAUCUGUUUACAGUUUAUGUGCUAAGAGCUUUCAAAAAAAAAAAAAAAAAAAGAAAA